UACUGCCGUUCACGUUGAUAUCCUCCCGUCACAAAGCAAAGUAAACAGUGAAUGACCACCGCGGGAGACCCGGACAAGCAUCGACACCCUGCUACUACACUACCCACAGCGCUGUGCGUCGGCAUACACAGCCAUGUUGUAGGAGGAAAUCCUCUUGAGGUGGAUUAUUGUAAUCCGACAGUUGAAGAGAAGUCUGGACGACGCGUCGGAUCACGACCAGAUCCCGAAGCUCCCCCGCCUCCCCUCACCGCACGGCCUGCUGCUGCACCAGAUGCUCCGCGUCCGCAGAACCCGAGCGAUGAGACCAGCACACGAUCUGACGCCCGUUGUGAGGACCUGAAGGGAGUCAGUCGUUUCCUGGACGAGUCGAUUCAUCCUCCGAGAUAACCUGACAGCACUUCUUCUUCUCUCUGCCAUCCCUGCAUCUUUAGAGACACCCACAACACCCCGAGAGAAGACCCCCUAAGAAGACAAAAUACAGCUUUUCAUCUGGCAGCUGAACGAGACCCACCCGGUUCCCCUUCCCCCCUUAGGUUAGGGUUUAGACUGCGAUCCGGACCCGGACUGCGCUGUGUUCUCAGGUCUGCUGGGUCCUGUCGCAGGAGGAUCCCGAGGUGCUAACACACGGCUAGCUAGCACGGCUAGGCUAGCGAGCUAGCUAGCUCAUAAGGGAUAUCUGGUCCAGUUAGGGACCCGUGUUCAGGUGUGUGUGUGUGUGUGUUUAUCCAGAAGAGAGGAAGAUGUCGACGAAAGAGCAAAACAAACUGUCCACGGUGGAGAGACCCAUCAAAGCGGUGCCGUACCCCCCGGGGACGGCCCUGACGGUCGGCGACCUGUACGUGGACGGGAAGCCCAGCGUGGAGGUGCUGAAGGGCCAUCUGGUGAAGGAGGGGCGGCUGGAGGAGGAGGCGGCGCUCCGCAUCAUCAACGACGGCGCCAGCAUCCUGCGGCAGGAGACCUGCAUGCUGGAGGUGGAAGCCCCCAUCACAGUGUGUGGCGACGUCCACGGACAGUUCUUCGACCUCAUGAAGCUGUUUGAGGUGGGCGGCUCCCCCAGCAGCACCCGUUACCUGUUCCUGGGGGACUACGUCGACCGGGGCUACUUCAGCAUCGAGUGUGUCCUCUUCCUAUGGACCCUGAAGAUCAACCACCCCAACACCCUGUUCCUGCUGCGGGGGAACCAUGAGUGCAGACACCUCACAGAGUACUUCACCUUCAAACAGGAAUGUAAAAUAAAGUACUCUGAGCGAGUGUACGAUGCCUGCAUGGAGGCCUUCGACUGCCUGCCCCUGGCCGCCCUUCUGAACCAGCAGUUCCUCUGCGUCCACGGGGGUCUCAGCCCCGAGAUCACCUGUCUGGAUGACAUACGCAAGCUGGACCGCUUCAAAGAGCCGCCGGCGUUCGGGCCCAUGUGUGACCUGCUGUGGUCGGACCCCGGGGAGGACUACGGCUCGGAGAAGACCCAGGAGCACUUCUGCCACAACAGCGUCCGGGGCUGCUCCUACUUCUACAGUUACCCUGCAGUAUGUGACUUCCUGAUGAACAAUAAUCUGUUGUCAGUAAUACGAGCUCACGAGGCGCAAGAUGCUGGGUAUCGAAUGUACAGAAAAAGUCAAACAACAGGCUUCCCAUCUUUAAUCACCAUCUUCUCUGCGCCUAACUACCUGGACGUAUACAAUAACAAAGCGGCGGUGCUGAAGUAUGAGAACAACGUGAUGAACAUCCGCCAGUUCAACUGCUCUCCUCAUCCAUACUGGCUGCCCAACUUCAUGGACGUCUUCACCUGGUCCCUGCCCUUCGUAGGGGAGAAAGUGACGGAGAUGCUGGUCAACGUGUUGAACAUCUGCUCCGAUGACGAGCUCAUGUCGGAGGGUGACGAUACAUGCGAGGGUGGAACCCCCGCAGUGAGGAAGGAGGUGAUCCGGAAUAAGAUCAGGGCCAUCGGGAAGAUGGCUCGUGUCUUCUCUGUGCUGAGAGAGGAGAACGAGAGUGUGUUGCAGCUGAAGGGGCUGACCCCCACCGGGACGUUACCUAUAGGCGUGUUGUCCGGAGGCCGCCAGACCAUAAAGAACGCCACCGUAGAGGCCGAGGAAGCCAGAGCAGUCCAGGGCCCGCAGCACAAGAUCCAGAGCUUCGACGAGGCGCGUGGCCUGGACCGCAUCAACGAGCGCAUGCCCCCGCGCCGCGACAGCAAGAUGAGCGAGGCCAGCCCCUCCCUAAACAACCUGCCCGCCAGCCCCGGACCCCCCCCGGACAAGAACGGCACCAGCGCCCAGGCCUAGAGCUGAGGCCCCCCCCCCCCCCCCUUUCCCCCCACGGUUUACCAAUGCUCUCCACGGAUCUUCUUUCCUCGCUUCCUUGCUCUCCUUCCUUGCUUCCUUCCUUCCUUCCUUCCUUCCUUGCUUCCUUGCUGCCUUUCACCCACCCGCCCGCCCCUGCUGGUCUCUGAGGUUGUGCUGGUACUGCCCCCCCCCCCCCCUCCCCCUCCAAAGCCUCCUUCACCCCCACCUCCAUCAUGGCCCCACCCCCUGCCUUCUCUCUCUUAGUGCAGUUUAGCCCCGCCCUGCUGGGCAAGGGCAGGAAACAGGAAGUGAGGGCAGGGAACAGGAAGACUGACAGACGCUCCCCCCCCAUACUUAUUUAUUAUUAUUAUUAUUAUUAUUAUUAUUAAUAUAUCGUUAAAGAUGAGAUAUCUUGUUUUAAGAAUAAACAAAAAAAUAUAUAUAAUGAAUAAAUGAAAAAAAGCAAAUUAUACGCAGGGAAGCGAGGGAACAUCUCAAACGGUUUGUUUCCGCCGCGGAUCUGAAGCUGACGGCAGUCACUGCCCCCCCCCCCCUACUCCGAUAUUUUCUAGCUAUGAGUUUGGUAUUUUGGACAAUGCUCUGAACACCUUGUUUUUUGGAUCCAAAAGAACGGCCCGCCGCUGCCCGUUUGUCUACCAGAGGGGUGUUUGUGUCCACGCUUUAAAGGGCAAAGCAGAGAAGCACUUAGCUGGGAGAAACCCACGCAACGCGUCCAACGCCCGCCUCCCUCUGCCCCCCCUCCCCCAACAUCGCUUAGACUCCAUUAUUUUUUCUUAUGCCAAUAAUAGUGUAACAGCUCCGAUGUCCGAGCGAGUAUUGACAUUUAUAUUCUCCAUGUACAUUUAUAAUUGUUUCCCUUUUUCUUUUGCAAUGUGAUGUUGACUUAUUUUUUUUAUUUCCUUUUUUUUUUCUUUUUUUUUUUUUACAAUUCUUAAAAAAAUAGAUUUAUCUCCAGAACAGAGAAGGGAAGGACCGUCUGAAUUAUUACAAAGAGAGAUUAGUUGUAGAGUGUGUGGGGUGAUUCCAGGACUGCGAUGGCCAUUUAAAGAGGGCGAGAGAGGAUGGUGUAUAGGAAGUGAUGUCACAGGGAGGAGGAAUGCGAUCGGAGGGGCCAAGGUACACAGAAGAGCGGAGAUUAGUUU